AAACAAACCUCCUCUUAACUUAACUAAUCGAAAGAGGUCAGCUCCUCCCUCCCCCGCUAUAAAUAUGGCCUUCCCUUCCUCCUCGCUUCAUUCCCCUCCCCCAUUAAAACCCCUUCCUUCCUUCCUUCCUUUCUCCCACAGCUAUGGCGACUAAAGUCUAUAUUAUUUACUAUUCAAUGUACGGGCACGUUGAGAAGCUGGCAGAGGAGAUAAAGAAAGGAGCAGCGUCUGUGGAAGGAGUUGAAGCAAAACUGUGGCAGGUACCUGAAACGCUGUCAGAUGAGGUGCUAGCAAAGAUGAAUGCACCACCAAAGAGUAAUGUGCCACUUAUUACUUCUAGUGAGCUCGCUGAAGCUGAUGGUUUUAUUUUUGGUUUCCCCACAAGAUUUGGAAUGAUGGCUGCUCAAUUUAAAGCAUUUCUGGAUUCAACUGGGGGCCAGUGGAGAACACAGCAGCUGGCUGGCAAGCCUGCAGGCAUUUUUUACAGCACGGGAUCUCAAGGAGGCGGACAAGAGACUACCCCUUUGACAGCGAUUACCCAGUUGGUUCACCAUGGAAUGAUUUUUGUGCCCAUCGGGUAUACAUUUGGGGCUGGUAUGUUCGAGAUGGAGCAUGUGAAGGGCGGUAGCCCCUACGGUGCUGGAACUUUUGCUGGGGAUGGUUCAAGGCAGCCCACUGAGCUAGAACUGGAGCAAGCUUUUCACCAGGGAAAGUACAUUGCUGGCAUUGCAAAGAAACUCAAGGGAACUGCAUGAUUUCUCUUACCAUAUAACCACCAUUGGUUUUCUAUACUUGGAUCAUUUUGGUCUCUAGAAUUUAAGUUUCCUUCCAUUUGGCUUAUAAAAAUAAUAUGUUCUCUUUCGAAUAUGUUCGUUUUUUCAUCCAUGUAUGUAGCUUGAGCGUUACAUCAGAGCAUUUCUUCAAAACAAUAGCUUCCUCCAUUAAAGUUUGAGUGAUCAUUCCAUCAAGUCUUCUCUAGUUGUGAGACAACACUACAAGCAAUUGCAUUCUUUUUCGCUCUGCA